GUUGCCACUGAUACAUAACACUAGGAAGAGGAUUUGGGGUGUUCACUUUGAAACAAAGGUGUUCAAAUAUGGCUGCUAAGUACCUUGUUGUAAAUUUACGACACAGAUUUUGCUGUACGUUUGAAAGUAAAACAUGCUUAUCGCAAGUGUUUAAACAGCCAAGAAGGUACCUGUUGAAAUCUUCUGUACAGAAAGAAUUUCGCCCAAUGCAUCAGGAGGACAAUAUCCCUCAGAACUACGUUCUUGCCUACGCUGCUUCUCAUCCAAGACAGUACACAAUAGGCGUCCCGAUGAUUUACGCUUCAUUUAUUGCGUUGACUGGUGUUUCAGCCUAUCUGUCGUGGAAAAGUUUGAGAUCCAAUGAAUCCAACACAAGAAGGGAGAAGGUUGUUUUAAGCGAUACGUACAAACCUAUUGACCCACUUUUUCUGGCUGGAGGAGUAACUGUUUUAGGAUUCGUGAUGACUGUAGUUGUAUUUGUGUACACGAAAGGUGUAAUUCUUAGAAUGUAUUACAGUGAAGAACUGAAGAAUUUUAUAGCUGUUUUCUGUCGCCAUGGGAUUUUUAAAGAAAAUGUCACAGUAAAACCUGGUGAUGUAAAGCUUCUGCCAAAUGGUGACAUGAGAGGCCCUUAUAAAGUGGGUAAAACACGUAUAAAUCUGCCGUAUAAUCGGUUCACUGCAUCACAUUAUUAUAAUGUGUUCUUUGGAUAUGAGAAGUAAAGCUGAAUACGUAUAUGUAAUUUGAUAUUGCAUAACUUUUAUUUCUGUCAUUUCAUGUUCAAGAUAAGUUAUAAGUAAUUGUAUUUAUUUAUUUACACAAACAAAAGUUCUUUUAAAUGAUGUGAGCAAAAUUAUGUAUAUUCUUGCAAACUACCUAUAUGAUCAUUCAAAUUUGCAACUAAAGCAUUUUCUGUAACAUUUUAAAUCAUUUAUGUAAAUGCAUUCUUAACAUACUUCCAAAUGAUGAUUAACCAUUGUUGAAGCAGUUUGUUCACAAUACCCUAUAAAAUGUGUGAGUCUCUUGAAUGAUUUUUCAUGAUUUUUAUGCUUCAAAAAUGUUGUUAUAUAUUUGAACAAAUAAAUGAAAGA